CUUCACCAGGCCACGGCGGCCGCCGCCGUGUGUGUAUAAGGAAUUCCAGCCGCUGAUUCGCUACUAGGCGGAGCAGUCCCCGGAGCCUCCCGCGGCGGCAGGCUGGCUCUGUGAGCAAGCCAGGGCCGCAGAAGCCCCUCCGAGGGCUGCGUGGGGUGAAAGCAGCGCCUCGGGCCCAAGUCCUUGGAGAAAGUGCUGCCGCGGAUGGGCAGGUCGCUGGCGCACUCGGCUGGCGGCGGCUUCUCCCGGGUCCGCACCAGUGACGGGCUGCGCUCGGCGGGUGCGGCGGCGGCUUUCCGGGGCGCGGCCUGCUCUGCACCCGCUGCCGGCCGAGCCCAGCCGCGGCCCCUCAGCCAGGCCGGGGAGACCUCGCCGGCCGCUUUGGCGCUGCCGGGUCUCGGCGCGCAGGGUGGGAGCGGCCCGGGCCCAGAGCAGCGGUGCGGGGGAGGGGGCGCCCCGGGAGUAAUGCCUCCUGGGCCCGCAUGAGGAGGGGAGAGGGAGCGGGAGCCCCUGGGCCCCCCGCACGCCCUGCCAGCCCCGCGAGUGCAGCCAUGGAGUGUGUGCAGGUCCCCCCCAGGCAGCCGGGGAGUGCCGCUGAGCGGGACCGGCGGCGGCUGCUGCUGCUGCCGCCCCCGGGACCGCCGAAGGAAGAGGAGACACUGGGCGGCUUUGAGCCCUGGGCCGCCUCGCAGGCGGGAGAGGAUGCUGCGGGAGGCCACUUGGGGGUGAAACUCCAGGAAAGUUUGGGCAUGGCUCUCCUCUCCCAUCUGGAUGCCGAGAUCCUCCCCUCAAAACCCAGCUCACCGGUUUCAGGAAACGCUCCCAGCGGGGAAAUGGUGGACCAUGCAACUGUGCUCUCUGCAAAGAGGGACUUGAAGGAGCCCGAGGGCUUAGAUCUGGGAGAGGAGCGGUUGCAGGGGAAAGAGACUUCUUUGGUCGUGAGCCAUCCACUUCAGGAAGCAUUGUCAGCGAACGAGGAUGCCUCUGGUAACCCUCACUUGACUGCAGAGAGGAGAAACUUGCCGGAGAUGGCAGCUGCCGCCAGAGGAUGUCCCGGGGGAAAUGAAAAAUCUCUGCUGCAGGCCCCUCUUUCCCCCUCACAGGAAAAGUUGGCAUCUCCGCCUUCCAAUAACUGUUCUUUGGACUCAGCAGCCCCCAGUCCAGGGGGUGAUCAACAAGUGGAGGCUUCUCCACCUUCUGAAGAUGGAAAACUCAAGCAUGGGGCAAAGCGGGUAACAUUUCCCUCGGAUGAGGACAUAGUGUCUGGAUCUCUGGAGCCUAAAGAUCCUUGGAGACAUGCCCAGAAUGUGACUGUUGAGGAAAUUAUCAUUGCCUACAAACAAGCCUGUCAGAAAUUAAACUGCAAACAGAUAUCCAAACUACUGAAGCAGAUACAGGAAUUUAAAGAUCUAUCUCCCAGGAUAGAUUGCUUGGAUCUAAAAGGAGAAAAACUUGACUAUAAGGCCUGUGAGGCACUGGAAGAGAUUUUCAAAAGGGUCCAGUUCAAAAUGGUUGACUUGGAGCAAACGAACCUGGACGAAGAUGGUGCCUCAGCAUUAUUUGACAUGAUUGAGUAUUAUGAGUCAGCAACGCACCUCAACAUCUCAUUUAACAAACACAUUGGCACCCGAGGCUGGCAGGCAGCUGCACAUAUGAUGAGAAAGACUAACUGUCUGCAGUACCUGGAUGCUCGGAACACUCCUCUGCUGGAUCACUCGGCGCCAUUUGUUGCUCGGGCUCUGCGCAUCAGCAGCACCCUGGUAGUGUUACACUUGGAGAACGCCGGCCUUUCUGGGCGCCCGCUCAUGUUACUAGCAACGGCUCUGAAAAUGAACAUGAACCUACGGGAACUGUAUCUAGCUGAUAACAAGCUGAAUGGAUUGCAGGACUCUGCUCAGCUUGGCAAUCUGCUGAAAUUUAACUGUUAUAUACACAUAUUGGACCUGAGGAACAACCACAUCUUAGAUUCAGGCUUGGCAUACAUCUGUGAGGGCCUAAAGGAGCAACGGAAAGGGCUGAUCACUCUGGUUUUGUGGAAUAACCAGCUGACUCACACUGGCAUGGCUUAUAUGGGGAUGACACUGCCUCAUAUGCAGAGUUUGGAGACCCUGAACCUUGGUCACAAUCCCAUUGGGAAUGAAGGUGUUCGUAAUCUGAAGAAUGGACUCAUUGGAAACCGCUCUGUGCUCCGAUUAGGCUUGGCUUCUACUAAACUAACAUGCGAGGGUGCUGUGGCGGUAGCAGAAUUCAUUGCAGAGAGUCCAAGACUCCUUCGACUAGACCUGCGGGAGAAUGAGAUUAAAACGGGGGGUCUGAUGGCAUUGUCCUUGGCACUGAAGGUCAAUCAUUCUCUGCUCAGGCUGGAUUUAGACAGGGAACCGAAAAAGGAGUCUGUGAAGAGUUUUAUUGAAACCCAGAAGGCUCUUUUAGCUGAAAUCCAAAAUGGUUGCAAGCGCAACUUUAUUCUGGCCAAAGAGAAAGAGGAGAAAGAACAGAAACUUCAGCAAUCUGCCUCUAUGCCAGAGAUCACCAUCACUGAGCCGAUUGAGGAGGGACCUGUGGAAAACAGCCAAGGUGAUGACACAGCAGCAACACCUGAAGGAGAUGAAGUGGGGGAGACUUUGGUGUCUAAAGAGAACAGGCAUACAGACAAGGCAAUAAACAGUGACAAAGAUGGGGUGAUAUAUUCAGACUCUGACACAGAUGAUGAGGUAGACACUGGGUUAGAGACUAAAGAUCUCAGUAAAUCACAGAAACAAAAUGAUUCUGUUCAUGUAGAUAAUGUGCCCCAGUCAUUUCUUUGUCCUGAAAAGACAAGGGAUGCAUUUAGCUCAGAGGACAGGAGUGCCCCUUCAAACAUGACUGAAGAAACAAAGUGUGAGCCCAAAGGAGGGGGAAGCAUUGAGACUAUACCAGGGGCUCAGGCACAUGCUAACACUCAAGAAAAUGAGAGGAGAAUUUCUGUUUCCAGUCCUGGGCGAGGCCAUAAAAUCUUUGUAGUGACACGAGUGGAAAAUCUACCAGAGAAAACAGCAGAAAACACUACAUGGCUGAAGGAGAAUAUCAGCAACCUGCAAGGCAAUGCAGUGAAACAGUCUAAACUGAUAGCUCAAACCCUACCUAUGAAGACUGAAUUUUUGGACUUGCAGGCAAAUGGGACUGUUUCCAAGUUGGCAGCCAACUUGGAAAAUGCACCAACAGUAGGAACCCCUGGAUCAGUUUCAGAAAAGAUGAACUCUGGGCCAUGCGAGAAUACAGUUCAUGAAACUCCACUUCCUAAUGGGCUAAAGACAGAAUUUGUUCAUGCUCUACCAGAUACGUCCUUAGGCUGUGAUGGGAAAAUGGGGAGCUGUGCUGUCGAGCAUGAAUUAAACUGCUCCAAGAAUGAGAAGGAGCUGGAGGAAUUGCUCCUAGAAGCAAGUCAAGAGACAGGGCAGAAGCCACUGUGACACUUUAGUUCCUCUGGGUCGAUCUACAUUGAGCUGAGGCUGUCUUGGGAAAUGCCUGUGUAGCUUUAUUCCCUUCCCACUCCACAUGAUUCAGAAGAACUUGGUCUGCAGUACAGAGGUUGUUGUUUUUUUUUUUCAAAACAAUGUGAUAUUUCCUGCCCUAGACACUUUUUCCCACAUUCUUGACUCUGCCCUACAAGAAAGGACUCUGAUAUUUUCAAGAUGAUUCAGGAAGGGAAGGAGAACAGAUUGAAAAUCUUACCAAAAGAGUGAUUUCCCUACCUGAUUCCAAGGUGAGCUCUGACACCUGAUGGAAAUGGCACUAUUUUCUGACCUUCUGUAGACACUAACUGAUGCAUUUACAUUUUUCUUUCUAUGUUUCUCUGGAAUUACCACUGUUACUGAGUAAUUUGUAAGGAGAAGAUAUCCUCAAUCCUGGAGAAUGGGCAUUGGACUAUUCUAUUGGACUAUUCAUUGGAAUAUUCUCCAAUUCAAAUGGGAGAUUAAAAACCCAGAAUCUCAUGGUUCAGGCCUGGAUUUGCUUUCCACACACUACAAGUGUCCAAGGUCUCUGAAGGCUAGUUUAAGAAAACUGUUUUCUAACCUGGAAACCUGCUAGCAGAAUGGUUGCACAUGAUUGUGUCCCUGGGAAGAGUGGCACUGACAAGCUGUAGUCACCUGUUGAAAAACUUGUAUCGCCAGACAAGCUGUCCAGGACAGGCUGCAUCCACAGCCACAAUGGUUAUUUAUUUUAAAUUCCUUUUUUAGGUAUAUAUUUAUCAUGAGCUUCAAAGUACUGAACAGGAUUUAACUUAGAAAACAAUGUAGAAUUACUUUUAGUCUAACCUGCAACCUUUUUGGAACUUUACUCCUGGUUUGCAGAACUCUGCCAAAAAGCACCAUCAGAAAUACCUUCCCGUACAAACCCUAUACAGAACACCACAAUGACAUAACUAGCUAGUGUGCUUGUGUGCACACAAACACGUUUGUGAGAUCCACAUUUCAGGGGGCUCCCUGCCUGUGAUGCAUUCAAGAGGCUAAUGCCCUUGAGGCUCAGGUGAAAUUCCUUACAUUGUUGUGUGUCUUUUGGGGGAGAAGGAACCAUCAUGGCUGAGUCUAUUCUAGUUUCCUAACUUUAUAAGCUUAAAAGAGAAGGACAAAUUACCCCCUUUAGCAAGGUUUUCUCAAAGCCAUAUAGUAUGGAACUGACAGUGUGAGAAAGAGGGUGGGAUGGGGCUGACUCAGUCAUCUCCAUUUGGGGAUUCAUCUAGCAAUCUAAUACUGAGCCAGAGGCAAAUAUGCAGUAGAAGUAGUUGGAUCCUCUACAUUUUAUUAUAUUAAAGGAAGUCUAGGAUCACCUGGUUUGUUUAAGUUACUGCCCUCUUUCUGUUUUGAAUUUUCCAACUCCUUUGUAUUUGGCUGAGGAAAGAUUCAGGGGACAUGUUACACCAUUAAAAGAUGAACAGGAAUUUGACUUUUCAUGAAUGUGUAAGUAGCUUUCAUUUAGCUGGUCAGUGGGCCUUUUGAUUCAGUGUAAAAUCUUGCUUUAGAGAAUAUUUGUCCCUUUUACCAAAGGUUUUUUGGAAUGAAUUUUCAGUUCUGCAGUGGAACAUGCUCCAUUCUAUAAAUUGCGCUUAAUACAGAGAUUCCCAGAGGCUGUCACACCUUUGAUAGGAUGAAUAUACCAUUAGAGGUGCUUUUCCUUUACUCUUCUUGCCAAGGGAAGGAAUCUGGUUGCUCUGGAAAAGGUGUUCAAUUUUCUCAGGGAGGGUUCUCUCUCAAUGUCCCAGGGCUUGCGAGAUUCUGCUGGCCGAGCACUCUGGUAUAGAGAGUGUGGAAUGGGUCAUUGUUUUAGUCUGCAAAGUCUCACUGCAACAUACCACACCUUGCACAAAGCAUGACACCCAAAGAGGCCAUUAUUCUGAAGCCACUAUUACAAUGAAAGCCAGAAUUGCCAGAGUGCAAAUCACCUCACUGAUAAUCCAGAUGAAUGGAAUGCCUGCCCCUGUACCCACAGCCAGAGAGAGGAGCUGGCCUGUUAGGGAGGAACCAGCAGUUCCAAGGCAGCAUUGAGGUGUUGGGCAGAAGGCUUCAAUAUAGCACAUGCAAGAGGAACAAUCAAGGAAGGGAAACAAAGUUAUGCAGCAAACCUUUUUUUAUCAUGUAGCAAGGCCUGUUAGGGUAAAUGAUAUGGGUCAUAAGAGAUUGAGCCAUCUAUAUCCUUGAGUUGGAGAGGAAGGAAGACUCGGUAGGUUAAAUUAGGUCUUGAAUUACCAUUUGGCUCAAAUCCACGAGGAAUGGCAGACACACACACCUUCCCACCCGCCCCAAAAAAUUGCUAUCGGAAGAUAAAUAUUCCUGUAUAUGUGGAUUACUGCUCUGCUGUGAAGAGAAAUCUCGGAAGGAAACUAUGGUACUAAUCUGUAAUUUAACAAAUUUAUUGUAUAAACUAACCAGAGAAACAGCCUAGAGAGGGGGCUGUUGGGUAGAACUUAAGUUUUUUUUUGUUUUUUUUUUUUCUCCUUAAGUGCAAUAAAUCUAUCAGGGAGCUGUGAGGGCACUUCGCUGCAUGGGAAUCAAGGCUGGAGAUGCAGAAAUUUUAGCUCUUCAUGCACUGAAACUGAAUCACAUUAGGAAUUUGCUGCAUUAACACUACAUACAAAGGAUGGUGAUUUAUUUGCUAAUGUUUGUCAUUUCUUUCUGUUGUGUAUUUUUGUUAACACUGUUUUCUAUUAAAUGAAAACUGCAUUUGUCACUGACUCCUCCUGUCUGUUUGGUACCUACAAAUGACACUUGUUUUGUCCACGGCAAAGAAGAGAAUGUGAGAUUUCAAUAGAUCUGAAGCAAUUCCCUUUCCAAAGGAGCUCUGCAGAGCUAGUGCUACCAUCCACUACCCCAGCGAAAAGAGCUGUUAAGAAAACCAGACAGUGGUUUGAAGUUCUGCAUCAUACCUAUUGGUGUGAGCUUGAUAGGGAAGUCUCAGUCCAGUGGCUCAGACGCUGAAAUCCUUGUCUCCUCUCCCAGAUAUUCCUGUUCAGAAUCUACUUGCCCUUCUGCUUUUCUCUUUUAUGUGUAAAAUACCUGUCAGGCAAACCCCUGUAGAGCUACAUGAGGAUCUUCAGUAGGACUAUCAGCAGCCCUUAUUAAAGCACAGAAAUCUAGAUUCAGUAGUUAAGAAUAAGGAUCUGAGUUGAACCCUCUGCUCAGCCUUCCGGCAGGUGUUUUCACUGCCGUGUUUCCUGAAGCAGAGCAGAACCCACUCUGGCACAUCAGACGGUCUAACUGCCCUUGGUUGCGGUGUGUGCAUCUCCUGUUAAUGUUACUCGAUAUGCACUGAAAUGAGGCCAUGACAUGUCAGUCAUACUGUAGGCACCAUAUUAGAAACCUUUUGCAGGUGUCUUACAGGGCAUGUGCAGCAGCUGCUUUUCAAAACUUCACUGUCCCCCUGAGACUCUUUAAAAUGGCAAAAGCAUCUUGUCUGGUAUCCUAUUUCUGAAAUGGCCACGAUGCGUAUUGCAAAGCAGUCUGUGGCAGUGGGAAAACUGCCUUGUGUGUUCUUGGACCUUGUGUGAUGUGAUGUUUUAAACUCCCAGAUAGGGGAACACUGACCAGAUUGUCGAUGCUGAAACUGAACAUCCCUGGAACUUUGGAUAGAGCAGGGAUCUCACUAGCUUAGCGAUGCUUCCCUCAGAAGCUGAAUUUUCAGAUGUGGGGGGCCUAAAGUUAAGCACCUGAAUCCAUGCUGGGAACCUAAUGUAAACAUGAUCAGAUUAGCUUCUAUUGACUUGAGAGAAGUUGAGGGUGUGUAGGCCCUCUGAAAAGCAGGGCACUCUUACUUAGCUGCUUCACUUAAGACACCUUGGUCUGAAAAUACUGGACAUUGAGCCCAGUCCUGGGUCAUCCCCUACUAGAUCCUUCCCAUACCUCAUCAAACUCUUCUACUCCUGCUGCUUGUCAAUGUGGAAAGUAGAGAUCUUUCUGAAAGACACCUUGAUUUUAAAUUGAAAGCACUUCAUCAAAAGAACAAAUCCAGUGGGGCACCAAGAGCUACCAUGUUUGAAUGGGGCCUGUGUCUCAGACUUCCAUCAGAUUGACACAUUUCUGCCCUUUCAAUCAGAGUCUGAAAAUGAGAGCAGGAAAAUAAAUGGACUUAUCUGAGCCUGCCAGGGUGCGCUGUGCCAUGGACAAAUAGACUAUUACACAGAACCUUUUCCCCAGGGUAAAAAGUAACACUGCUCUAAAAGGGAGAGGGGCCACAGCCUGUAUCAGCAGUCCUGAUAAUGCAACAAAGAAAUUGCCCCCACUGAACCUUCUAUCUUUUAUAACUAAGCAAAUAGAGAGAAUCCAUGACACACAACUUUCAGCUAACCAGGUACUCUUCUUCUGUGCUUAGAACUCCGACUGAAUGGGAGUGUUACCUCUGCCCAGAGCCUGGUGGCAAAGAGACUUGCUCCUGAUCACCUCCUUUCUCACUGACCAGUUGCCUCACGUGGAUGGUUUUUAGGUACCAAAAGACUUGGAAAGACCAUGUAACCUGCCUUUAACUGAAUGUUGACAUCUCCUGUAAACCAGCACUUGGGUAUUAAAGAGUUAAUAUAUUUCAUUUCAGUUUUAUUAGAAAGGCUGGUAUCAGGCCAGUACUUGCUUUGUUAUCAAACCCUAGAGAACUAUGAUGUGUUUUACCGCAUUUAUGGAUUUCUUGUAAUACUCUUGGUUGAAAUAAAGGGUUUCCUAAUUUA